AUGUAUUUGGUCGACGGGGUAGGCACUGUCGACAUCUAUGGUGUCAACCCUAGCAAUGGAAAGGCAGUGAGAAUGGAGCUCUACGAUGUGAGAUACUCUCCCAAUUUCCACAGUAAUCUGAUAUCCCAUGGAUUGAUGAUGAAAGGGGGAGUACUGGUGAACUUCAGGACAAACUGCAUCGAGACAAGAGAAGGUAAAGCGGUAUACCAAGUGUACCAAGAGCAAAAGCUUACCUGGCUCACGCAACCGAAGGGGCUUCAGUACCCAACAUUGACACCAGACGACUUGAUGUUUGCAACCAAAUAUUCAGAGAUGAAGAAGUCAGCUCAGGAACCAAGAGCUAAAGCUUCAACUCACACCUGGCAUAGGCGCCUAGGCCACAUUGGUCAACAGCGCAUUGCUAAGCUGGCAGAAAUGACUGAAGGGAUCACCAUUGAAAGUAACCCUGGCAAAGAGAAGCAGGCAUGCGAAGCUUGUCAAUUGGCAGACGCCCCGAAGCAGAUCUCUCGCCGGCAUAUAGGCCAGAAAUAUGGUGUAUUUGGACGAGUACACUUCGACCUGGUUCAAAAUCAGCCAGCAUACAACGGCCAUAUCUGGUUAACACAUUUCUACCUUGAUGGUAUUAAGUGCCACUUUGUGUUCACACACACAAGGAAGAAUGAAUGCCAGAUGGCGGUUAGGAAGUUCCGAGCGCUAGUGAGAAACUGGUUAAAAAUCGAGAUCAGAGUGUUCCACUACAACAACAAGCGAAGCGCCGGUCACGAAGUGGAAGCAAUGAUAGAAGCCGAAGGGUGUACCAUCGAGCACUCACCACCUAACCUACCAGAGAUGAACGGUCCUGCCGAGAGAUCUGGGGGGUUGGUAGUUCGAACUGCGAGAGCAUUGAUCAACGACACAGAGCUACCACACAACUUAUGGCCUGAAACAGUCAAUACUGCAGCAUAUAUCCUGAAUAGGACACCCACAAAGCGUGACAAUGAAUGGUUCAUACCAUGGAAAGAGCUCAUGAAGCAUGCUGCACCAGAUGGCAUACGACACCAAACCAUCAACCUGUCAAACAUUAGGUUGUAUGGCUGCUUGACAUACUAG